AUGGCACCGACACCUAGUGAGAGGGCGCAAGCCAAGUUCUUUGCCGUCCUCGAGGACCCCCGAAGAUACGACUCAACAAGUCCGUUGCCCCGAACAAUGACCCCAUAUCGAAACGAAGCUGAUACUUGUGAAACAGACUUCAAGAACAGAGUCAUGAUUACGCGAACACCUUCCGGGGGUUCCGAGUUGACCAACGUUGUCAGCCAUCCGCCGCCGCGCCGGGCAAGCUCGAGCAGCCAAGGCUCUGUCGACGACCAUCACCGCAUAAGGAACAGGAUCAAGAACUGGAUGUAUCGUCCGGCGAUUUGA